AUGGCGGCUCCCGGCUCAUUGCCCGGGUCGGGAGCGGGGCGGCCGGGCGCGGGGCAGUUCCGCCUCGACAUCGGCGUCGGCAUCGAGGGCUAUCCCGGCCUGAACGACGCCUGCCGACCGUUCAACGGCGCUGCUCCGAGCGCGUCGCCGCGGCAGAGCGGUGCCCCGGGCGGCGGCCAGUUUGGCAUUCUGGCUCCCGCGACCAUGCCGAGCGGUGUGGCGGUGGACGGCCAUCUCGACGGCGCGCAGGAGACGCCGCCUGGGGGCAAGGCGCAGCAGCGCAGGGGCACGGGCAGGAUCGUCGUCGACCCCCCGGAUCUGCGGGCCUGGAGGGAGAAACUCUUCAACGUAAAUGACAUGAUUGUCCUGACGGACGAGCAGUUCGAAACAUACUUCCCUCACGUGGACAACGUCUACUCGCACCGCUCAACGCAGCGCUACAAGCGCAAGCCGUUCGUCUCCCACUACUGGGACUGUCGGAUGAAGGGCCGCCCGCCGGGGACCCCGAAAUCAGACGACCCGUCCAAGAGGAAGCGCAAGAGGAGCGCGCGCGCGCGGGACCUGUGCGACGUCAAGAUCCGCAUCACCGAGUACUUCCCCAACGCCAGUGCCUACGUUGACCGCGAGGCUGCCGCGGCCGCCGCGGCCGCCGGCUCCGCGCUGCCUGUCGGGCAGAGAUUCUGGACCAUCCAGCGCGUCAAUGGCAACGGCGGCAACGGGAAGAGCGACGGCGUGGCCGGCCCGCACCGGCACACGCUCGAGAGGAGCGACGACAUCAAGAAGAACAGCGUCCAGCGCUACGUGGCGCAGCAGGAGAAGCAAGUGAGGAAGACGCAGAAAGCACCGCCGACGAGGGCGACCGGCGCGGCGGCGACGCUCGUCAAGAAGCGCUCGAAAGAGCACGACCUGAAGCUCUAUUCCUCCUCCAAAGGCUUGGCCUACCAAUACUGCGAAGUCGAGCCGUCCAAGACGCCCCCUCUCACGGCAUCUACGCAAGCCGGUCUCGCGGAAACGGAAACCGCGCCCACCAUACGCCAGGGCGACUGGUCUUGUUCCGAAAGCGCCGUCAUUCUCGAAUACCUCGAGGAUAUGGACAAGAACACGCCCCUCCUGCCCGUGGACUCGAGGCUUAAAGCCAAAUGCCGCCUCUGGAUAUACCAUGUAUCUAAGAUUCGCCUCCUGGCUCUCACGCCCUUUGCCGUGUGCACCGCUGACGAGACCUAG